GUCUAUACUCAGGAGGGCAGCUUCGAGCUAUAGGUUGCAGUUCUGUUCAUUGACAAAGCAGAUCUCAUCAUGCCUCAACAAGUUCAGGACAUUAAGCGAUUCCUCGAGAUUGCUCGUCGAAAGGACGCUACUUCCGCACGGAUCAAGAAGACCACUCUCCAACCUUCCAAACAGACCUCGGCCAGCCAAAAGGUCAAGAACGCUCGAUCCGCUCCUACCGUUACCAAAUUCAAGAUCCGAUGCUCGAGAUAUCUCUACACUUUGGUCUUGCACGAUGCUGAAAAGGCCGAGAAACUGAAGCAGAGUUUACCCCCUGGUCUCAAAGUUGAGGAGAUCUCCACCAAAGCCCCAAAGAAGAAGUAAAUUAAUCUACUCUUGAUUGGACGGGCAGUGGGAUCCGGAAGCGGACAGAGAGAGGAUACGACACUCUCUAUAUCAGGAUGGUCGUCGCGCAUGCAUGACCUGUAACACGUAUC